AUAUCAAGACGAAAAUAUAUGUGUAAUGGAAUGCGAAGGAAGUAGAAAUAGGGGUUAAGAAAUUCUAACCGUUUCCAAGUGGUGCUAAGACGCACGAAAUAUUAUAUAGAUAGUGACUGAGUAAUCAGAAGGACUGCAGGGGGGCUUAAAAUGACGCAUAGCUCACUAGACUUUAAGUCAAACAAUUUUCUACUGCUAAGUGUGUACAGGAGUAAGAGGUGUAUAAGACUUUAAGAAGAGAUGGUCCUCCCCAUCUGAUUAAGAGAAAGGUUUUCCACUUGUUUGUAUAAUUAUCACGCUUAACAUUACAUAUAAUGAGUCUUCCUCGUACGCCAAUGGAUAAUCUUAUGAACAUGUUAUCCGGCUUGAGUGCUGGACACGAGAAAGCAUUAAGACAAGGAGUUUACAACGCCGUAGCACUUCUCCUUCUGUUCUCGAUAUCGACAGCCAGCUACGGGCUUUAUUACAUCUUGCGGCCAUUUGUAAAGCCACUGAUUUGGGCACUACUUUGUGGCUCCGUUCUUUUCCCAUUUAAGCUCUCCUUAGCCGAUGCAGCACAGUCAUGGUUCAAUGAAUCGGAAGCAUCAGGCAAACCAUUGUUUGUCAAUGCAUUGGGUAUACCUCUUCAAAUAGCUAACAAGAUCUCCGAAGUACUGGGUUCUUUCUUAAUUAGUCAUGUAAAGUACAUCAUCAGCAUUUUUGGCUUUGCUUUCGUGUCAUUGGUGGUAUACAAUUAUACUCCAAAUUUUCUAACGUAUUUUGUUCUGAGGAUACUUAUGAUCUGUGAUGGUAUACUCGUUUUCUUCAUAUCAACCUGCAAUAUAUACAUGAUAUUGGUGAUAGUAGUUGGUUAUUUAUCUGUGCUCUAUAUUUAUUGGACACCAGCUAAUUCCAGACAAUUUCGAUAUACAUCAUUCGUUGCUUGGUUUAUGAUCAGUCUUUACUUGUCAAACAUUUUAGGAGCAUAUCAAAUAAUUAUCUUUUGUACUUUGCAAACGUUAUACCUCAUAGGAUUUAUUUAUGAAGUAAUCUUGAUCAUUGAGCGAUAUGAACUAAGUGAAAAUCGUAUAACAUUUAUGGAAGCUAUGCAGUAUGCACUGAUAAACGAGCAACCAAGUAUCGAGCCCAAACUAGUUGAUCCAUUAGUAACAGAGAAAAAUGCACCCUUGGUAAAGACUUCCACACCAGUGACAGUUGACAAAAAUAUAGAAAAGGAAGCAACUGAACAAUCUUCACCCUCUGAUAUGAAAACUGUGCCUAGACUUGAUUUAACUAGAAAGUCAAUUACCUUUGAUACGGAUGGAAGUUCCUUACCCUCGACUUCUCCGAUACAUGGUCCAAAGUUGUCUACCAGUGUUCAAAGGAUAGUAAAGUCAAUGGCUCAAGAAAAAUAUUUUUUACGCAAACUGAAGACAGAAUUUCGGAUGACUUUAGACGUCGAGGAGAAUAAAAGUGAUACGGAUAAGUACAUGUAUGGAGCAUUGUACGCUUGUGGAGGCAUGAUUCUCUGGAAACACAGAUGGAUAAUGCAUAUUAUGAUAAUUCCAAUAGCUUAUUAUUUUCUUAAGCGAAUUGGAAGUUACUUCGAUUUUUGGAAUAUUAUCGAGGGGCAUUUUCAAGCUAUUUUAGAUAAGAUCAAAUUAUGGUGCAAAGACAGACAUCAAGCUUUACUUCCAGCUAAUAUUAUGGGCUUGUAUAAAUUAUAUGUGAUCAUUGAUGAGAAGAUAACACAAGGUUUAAAAGCUUCCAUAAAUUCAGUGGCUACAAUUACUGUGAUUUUAGGAUUACUAGUCUUCACCAUAUGUGCGUCUGUAUUUAUAACGAUACAAGUCUAUGCAGAAGGUAUACACAUUAUUCAAGUUACUAGUGAGGUAGUAAAUUCCACCUUAAUAAAUAAUCCCAACAUCGAUUGGAUCCCCGAGCAGUGGGAACAGUCGGUUAAUAGCGUAUUGGAUAAUGCCUAUACGUAUGGACGUGAUGCAAUUUCUGCCGGAGUAAAGAGCCUUAUGAAAGACUUAGAAUCAUCUAAAGCCGAACAAAUGGAGAAAAAAGUUUUGGAGUUAUGGGACCGACUUUACCAGGCUUGGAUGAUGUCCAAUGAAAGUGAAAAUUUAAUUGGGCCUACAGUAGAUAUGAAUGCAGCCUUCUCAGCUUGGGAUAGUCUGCAAGAGAGUUUUGGAAAACCUUUACAGAUCUUUAACAUGACCAGUAUUCAAAAUUUCGCCAAAGAAAACGUUGGAAUCCUAACAUCUUUACUAGACUCGAUUUGGAGUAUCUUUAAAGGAAAUAUCUCGGUUAUAUUAACCAUUGUCACAGAAUUGCUCUACACUGUACUUUUGAGUGGAACGGCGUUAUUCAACUUCACUCUCAGUAUGGUCGUAUUUUUUACUACGCUGUUUUAUCUGCUCAGCUCUAGUGGGAAAACAUAUAAGCCCGUUGAAUUAAUUACUGCAUUUAGUCCCAUCAGCUGUCACAGCGCACUGAGAGAUACUGGGUUUGCCGUAACAUUACAAGAGUCCGUGAUCGGUGUUUUUAUGGCGACAUUUAAAUUGGCUUCGUUCUUCGGCAUGUGGACGUGGUUCAUUCACAAUCUUUUUCAAGUGAAAGUUGUUUAUUUGCCAUCUGCCCUCGCGACAAUCCUGGGAGCCGUACCAUUUCUCGAUGCAUACUUUGCUUGCAUCCCAGCCACCUUGGAACUCUGGUUCGUGCAAGGACCCAUGACGGCGAUUCUCUUCUUUACAUUUCACUUCCUUCCGUGCAAUAUCGUCGUUACGGAGUUCUACAAGGAGAUCAAAGGAGGAGGACAUCCAUACCUCACGGGAUUAUCCAUUGCGGGAGGUAUUUUCUGCCUAGGAGUGGAAGGAGCAAUUUUUGGCCCUCUACUUCUUUGCUGCAUAAUGGUAGCUAUUAAUCUAAGUCGUCGUUACCUUCAUUCGCCAUCGGAGGAAACAAUUAACACUCUUAAGACUCAACUCGGUCAGCUGGAGACGAAACGUCACUGCGUUUCUUGAAAGUAAGAGCAUUUUCGUAUUAACGCAUAUACGGUGUACCUUGCAAGACAAGUGACAUUAUGUUGAGUCGAUUCCACGCUUUAUUUGAGAUAUUUAAUAUUUUUUACUAAACCGCACAACGAUGAGUGCGUGGAAAUAUUUAUUUUAUGUUAAUUUACUGUACCGCCUUUCAGAUAAUAAAUGUUA